CAGCUCCCGGCCGAAUGUGUGCAGACAGAACGUAACUGUGCUCUGAGCGUUCACACCACGUUAUUACCAUGCUCGCACUUCCACUGAGACAUUUUAUCAGGCCCUUGUGCCAGCGCGUGAGUGUAGGUCUGAGAGCACAGCACUCUGCAGCAGCACAGGCACCUGAACAUGAGCGACCCUGGACCGGACAGGACAGCCUGGCACAGGAUGACCCUGAGAUGUGGAACCUCCUGCGGAAAGAGAAAGACAGACAGUGUCGUGGACUGGAGCUCAUCGCAUCCGAGAACUUCUGCAGCAGAGCAGCUCUAGAGGCUCAGGGCUCCUGUCUCAAUAACAAGUACUCAGAGGGCUACCCAGGAAAGAGGUAUUAUGGUGGCGCAGAGGUGGUGGAUCAGAUCGAGCUACUCUGUCAGAAGCGUGCUCUUGAUGCGUUCGAUUUGGAUCCAGCUCUUUGGGGCGUUAACGUUCAGCCGUACUCUGGGUCUCCAGCUAAUUUUGCUGCAUAUACAGCUGUGCUGAAACCCCACGAGCGCAUCAUGGGUCUGGAUCUGCCUGACGGAGGACACCUUACCCAUGGCUACAUGUCUGAUGUAAAGCGAAUAUCUGCCACCUCCAUCUAUUUUGAGUCCAUGCCCUACAAACUCAAUCCUAAAACGGGUCUGAUAGACUACGAGCAGAUGGAGCUGACAGCUAAACUGUUCCGGCCCAGGCUGAUGAUCGCAGGAACCAGCGCCUAUGCCCGCCUCAUCGACUAUGCCCGCAUCAAGAAGCUGUGCACUGAGUUGAAUGCAUAUCUGCUGGCAGACAUGGCCCACAUUAGUGGCCUUGUGGCUGCUAAAGCUAUUCCCUCUCCGUUUGAGCACGCUGACCUUGUCACCACAACUACCCACAAAUCCCUCAGAGGAGCAAGAGCUGGGCUAAUAUUCUACCGUAAGGGUGUGCGCUCUGUGGAUAAGAAAGGGAAUCAGGUGAUGUAUGACCUGGAGGAUAAAGUCAACUUCUCAGUCUUCCCCUCUCUACAAGGAGGCCCUCACAAUCACGCCAUCGCUGGGGUGGCUGUGGCUCUGCGACAGGCCAACAUGCCCAUGUUCAGAGAAUAUAUUGCACAGGUGAUGAAGAACGCCAAGGCCAUGGCUAAUGCAUUGCUGAAGAAAGAAUACACUCUGGUGUCAGGUGGGACUGAUACUCACCUGGUUCUGGUGGAUUUGAGACCACAGGGAAUGGACGGAGCACGUGCAGAGAGGGUACUGGAGCUGGUCUCCAUCACAGCCAAUAAAAACACCUGCCCAGGUGACAAGAGUGCCCUUACACCCGGUGGCCUCAGACUGGGUGCCCCAGCUCUAACUUCUCGACAGUUUAAGGAGGCUGACUUUGAGCGGGUCGUCGAUUUUCUGGACGAAGGCUUUAAAAUCGCUCUGGACGUUAAGAAGAAGACCAAGAAGCUAGCGGAGUUCAAGAGCUUCCUGCUGGAGGAUGCAGAGACCGUAGCACGCCUCGCCGAACUGCGCAGCCGGGUGGAAGCAUUCGCUCGACCUUUCCCUAUGCCGGGCUUCCAUGACCACUAGCCCAGACCUGAAACAUAGGAACACCGGUAAAGCUCCACAUCCAACUUGGAGUCUUUCAGCGUCUCACAGCAAAGUUACCUGAGAUGAUGGGUAUUGGGAUAGUACUGUUUAUUUUUGAGCGCUUUUGUUUAUCAGGCACCUUGUUGGUAUGAGCAGAAAGUGAAGGGUGACUGACUUUCUCACUGAGCAAAAUGUUGCCAAAUCAAAGAACAAAUCAGUUUUUCACAAAAUGCGACAAACGGUACAAAACGUUUUCUAUUUCUUUUAUACAGCAGCUCUGCUUCAGUGUCAGCUUUCUCAAAUUUCGAAUGAUAUUCAUGAAUAUAAUGAACUAGUCUGGUGCACCUAGAAUUAAUUAUUCAGUUUUUUAAGUGGAUAGAAAUAUUGGUACUUAAUUAAAACUGAAAUUUAAUGUCAAUUUUCCCAAACAAAAGCUGUUCAGUGGAAAAUCUAGCAUGCAGAACAAAAUGUAGGCAACUUUGCUUCCAACAGUAUUAAUUAGGGCUAGGAUUUAAUAUAAACUAACAACCUCUAGCUUAGUCUGAGAACAAAUCAGUGAAUCCUGGUGGCUCAGUGCCCUGUGUGGGCAUCACUGUUUACAAAUCAUUUUUCACCUCAAGUCUUAAUUCUGGACUGCGGAACAAAUAUCAACCAUCAGUGAUUUUUCCUAACCUAACUGCUGCUACUGUUAAAAUGUGGAACAAUUCAUUUGGAUAAAAAGAUAGAAUUUGCAUAUCUAUUUAACUUAAAUCUAAUAUAAAAUAGAGCUUAUGAUGUGUCUGGAGCUGAGCGCUAGAUCACGGGGACCUCAAGUACUGCCAAGUUCUUAACCAGAGCACCUAUACCAGAUAUGCACUGAUUAUAUCCUCUAUUUUCUACCUGAAGUGGUUUAAGGGGUUAAAACUUCAUAAAACAUGACCAGCAUGUCCUCUGUGUCUUUGGUUCUUUUGGUCUGUUCGCAUGACCAGUUUACACUGCCUGGUUUCCUCUUUCCUGGUUCUCUUGUCACCAUUCUACAGCACACUUCCAGUACAAUGUUUUUAUCUGUAAAUUUUAUAAGUAAACCUUUACAAAGUAAUUUUAUAAGAAACUAAUCCCAAUAAAUAUGCAUUAACUUCA